AUGACUACGAAACCAUCAUCCGCGCCCUGGGUGGAUGAGCCCUUUCAUCUGAUUACAACUCCUUCAACAUACCUUAGCGAUCCCCAUUCUUACGUCCAUGUUGCUUCUGACAUGGCACAUGCCCACAAUGUUAUUAUACGGGGACUCAAUACUAUCAUCCAACAAGCUCCACAUGUACCUACCUCGACGGAAAAGACAUAUAAUGCGAAGGACGUGAAAGACCUUCUCUUCUAUGUUCAUUCAUGGUGUAAGAUGGUUGGGCAUCACCAUUGGGUUGAGGAGUCGUUUAUAUUCCCUGAGAUUGAAAAGGUUGCGGGCCAGCCAGGGUUGAUGGACAACCCUCAUCACCAGCACGAACUAUUCCAUGGUGGCAUGGAGAAGUUGCUGGCGUAUUCCCAAGCUACGAGGCCUGAAGAAUAUCGAUGGAGCGGACCUAGCGGCAUGAAAGAGAUCAUUGAUUCAUUUAGCAAGGAUUUGACAGGACACCUUUAUGACGAGAUCAACGUCUUCUUGGGACUGAAAAAUGUCGAUAGGAAUAUUGGGAUGUUGUAUGAUGUGUUUCCAGUUGUGCUUGGAUGCGCCGAUAAGACCUAUGAAUGCGGACAUCCGUUCCCUCCUCUGCCAUGGAUUAUGCCUUACCUUGUCAAGUACUGGUUUGGUGCUGGUAACGGUGCCUGGCGGUUCAACCCUUGUGACUGGUGGGGUCGGCCGAGACCGUUGGCGUUCGUUCGCCAGACAGAGUAG